AAUUCGGUCCAACACGCAUAUUCUCCCUUCCGCACCGCCCACGGCGACGCUUAGCGCCGUCUCCUACUCUUGCAUUCCAUAGUCGCUCCCAACAUUGGCCGUUUCGUUCGAAGCACUCCGUCGUUAUCGGAAGGAACUGCAAGCCAUAAAUCAUGGUACAAUACAAUUUCAAGAAGAUAACAGUUGUUCCCACUAAGAAUGAUUUCAUUGAUAUCAUACUGUCUCGAACUCAGCGUCAAACGCCAACUGUUGUUCACAAAGGUUAUGCCAUCUCCCGCAUUCGUCAGUUUUACAUGCGCAAAGUGAAGUACACCCAGCAGAACUUCCAUGAGAAGCUUUCCACUAUUAUUGAGGAGUUCCCUCGGCUUGAUGAUAUUCACCCUUUCUAUGGAGACCUUCUUCAUGUUCUGUACAACAAAGAUCACUACAAGCUUGCCCUUGGUCAAAUCAAUACUGCAAGGAAUCUCAUUGGUAAGGUUGCAAAGGAUUAUGUGAAAUUGUUAAAGUAUGGAGACUCACUUUAUCGGUGCAAGGCUCUAAAGGUUGCUGCUCUUGGUCGCAUGUGUACUGUAAUAAAGAGGGUAGGCCCUAGUUUGGCAUACCUUGAGCAGAUUAGGCAGCACAUGGCAAGGCUGCCUUCAAUUGAUCCAAAUACACGGACAAUCUUGAUUUGUGGGUAUCCAAAUGUGGGCAAGAGUUCAUUCAUCAACAAGAUCACUAGGGCUGAUGUGGAUGUCCAACCUUAUGCUUUCACAACUAAGUCUCUCUUCGUAGGCCAUACAGAUUAUAAAUACCUAAGAUAUCAGGUGAUAGAUACUCCAGGGAUAUUGGACAGGCCAUUUGAAGAUCGAAAUAUCAUUGAGAUGUGCAGCAUCACAGCUCUGGCACAUUUACGAGCUGCUGUGCUUUUCUUUCUGGAUAUAUCUGGAUCGUGUGGAUACAGUAUUGCUCAACAGGCUGCUCUUUUCCAUAGUAUCAAGUCCUUGUUCAUGAACAAACCCUUGAUACUAGUCUGUAAUAAAACAGAUUUACAGCCAUUGGAUGGCAUAUCUGAAGAAGAUAUGCAAUUGGUCAUGGAGAUGAAAGAUGAAGCUAUGAAGACACUGGCAGCUCUAGGUGGGGACCCUACAAGUGAUGAGGGUGUACUGUUGACCAUGAGUGCUUUGACUGAAGAGGGGGUAAUUGCAGUGAAGAAUGCAGCUUGUGAGAGGUUAUUGAAUCAAAGGGUGGAGUUGAAAAUGAAGUCAAAGAAGAUAAAUGAUUGUUUGAAUCGCUUUCAUGUUGCAAUGCCAAAACCACGUGAUCAGAAAGAAAGACCACCUUGUAUACCCCAGGCAGUCUUGGAAGCUAAGGCUAAGAAAGAAAUUGAGAAAGAGAAGAGAAAACUUGAGAGGGAUUUGGAGAAUGAGAAUGGUGGGGCGGGUGUAUAUUCUGCUAGCUUGAAGAAGCAUUACAUUUUAGCAAAUGACGAGUGGAAAGAAGAUAUAAUGCCAGAAAUCCUUGACGGGCAUAAUGUCUUUGAUUUUGUUGAUCCUGAUAUCGUGCAGAGGCUUGAGGAGCUGGAGCAGGAAGAAGGUCUUCAACAGCAGAAGGGGGAAGAUGAUGAUUUUGACAUAGAUGGCCAGGAACUGACUCUUGAAGAGCAAGAAGCACUUGCAGAGAUUCGUAAGAAGAAAAGUUUGCUUAUUCAACAGCAUAGGAUCAAGAAGAGCACUGCAGAGAGCAGACCAACUGUACCAAGGAAAUUUGACAAAGACAAGAAAUUCACAUCUGGGAGAAUGGGAAGGCAGUUGUCAGCUUUGGGUCUUGAUCCAACUCUGGCAAUUGAUCGAGCCCGCAGCCGAUCUAGGGGUCGUAAGAGGGAGAGAUCCAUUGACCGAAGAGAUACUGAUGUGGGUAAUGCCAUGGACAUUGAUGUUGACCAGCCCAAUAAGAAGCUUCGCGUGAGGUCUACAUCCAGGUCAAGGUCAAGAUCACGUGUACCAAGUGAGGUUGGCCCAAUUGAGGGCUUCAAAGAUGGUGCCCAGAAGGUAAAGGCUCUAAAAUUGGCUGAGAAAUCUGUCAGGAAGAGGAACAAGGAUGCUCGACGGGGAGAGGCAGAUAGAGUCAUUCCUACUCUGAAGCCAAAGCAUCUGUUUUCUGGGAAGCGCUCUAUUGGAAAAACCAGUAGACGGUGAUGAAAUUGAGGUUAUCAAGAUUGCCUUGCAGCUUUUGGAUGGUGAAAUCUGCAUGAUUUGAUUUUAAUUACCAUACAUGCUGUGUGUUCUUUUAGGGAAUGAUAACCCGCCUGGACAUAUCCUGCUGCUACCGAGCGCGGUUGGUUUCUGGACCAUGUUCCUUACUUUCCUCGGAUUUGCUUGGACUUCCUGAGAUGUUGAUGUUGAAUGAGCGUGUGCUGAAAAUUUUGUUUCUGAGUAGAAACUGCUGCCAAAACCGGCUUAUAGACCAGAUUUUUGUGAAGUUAACGUCUGAGCGUCGUCUUUGUUUUCAUUAUAUUUCCAUAUGGCUGGCUGGCUGGCUGGCUUACCCUCUUUGUUGCCGGGAUAAGAAAUGUGUUUUUGGUGCUUAUUAAUUUGUGAACUGAUACUCUAUUUAUUACUUCGUGUUUAGGACUAAGAGUUCAGUUUUUGUUUACUUGACAUUUGGAUUAUUAUUGAGGGAGAUAAAGUGAACCCAUCUGCUCAGGCUCUGAUGUUCUUUCUGUUGGUAGCGAGCGGAGCGGGCAGUUGUGUUGGUGGAGGCCUUCAGUUUUCGGUUUUUUAAUUUUUAGUUAUGGUAUUAUCUUUUAUAUUCAGUUUUUAAAAGGUUCGCAUUUGAUGGA